AUGUCCUCAGCCCCCACGCUGCGGCCCGAGCAGAAGCAGCAGCAGCCGACCCAUAUUCGGCUGGAGAGCACCCGUGCUUAUUUGGACCACACCUGCGUUCCACUGCUGAUGGAAGCCAUGGCGGCUGUCUCACGCGCGCGCCCCGAUGACCCGAUCGACUUCAUUGCCCACUACUUGCUGCAGCACAACCCCUACCGCCGCGGUGCCGAUGCGACGAACGGCGGUGUUCAGCGCGAGAAGUAG